AAGCGUUCUAAUCGUUUAGUACGCGCCCAGACCUCGAUCAGUAUUCAGUGCACAGAUCGCUCGAGACGAAAACAUCGUCAUCGACAACAGCCGGAGAACAAAAAGUUUGCACAACAAAAGUCACGUUUUCGGCGCUAUCGCCCCUCACCCGAAACUGUGGGCGUCCAAAAUGAAGUCUUCAACGAUAGCGAUAGGACUGCUGCUGGCGAUGAUCGCCACCUCGUCAUCCGUCAUGGCCGUCAUCUACGAAAAGUACUGCAUCCGAUUCGAGGAGUCGUACACGUUCAGCGAAGAUCGCUUUGUCGGCAAGUGGUACGAGAUUCGACGCCUGGAAGAUCCGAUCCACGAUCAAGAUGAACACUGCGUUCAGGAAAAGUUCACCCGGUCGGCUAACAUGAUGGACUUUGACAUUGUUCGGUCGGUGCAGGCGAACGCCUCGGCGGAGCCGGUCUAUUCUUCCGGAGUGGCCUCACCCCGGGUGUUGGCCAGCGCCGUGGUGCCACAGUUCUACCUGCGGUACAACACGACCAGCCCAGCAGAUCCAGAUACCCCAAUAGAUAUCGUCAAAACUGACUACAACAGCUAUGCCAUCCUCUAUUCGUGUCUGCAAAUCAACUCAACCACGGUAGCAGAAAACGCCUGGAUCUACUCCCGUCGCCUGGACAUCCCGAAACCAACCGCCGAGCUAAUCAACAAAUUCAUCGCGACCAAAUUCAACCAUCCGGAGCACAAGUGGGGCACCACCGUGCAAAGUUCGCCCUUCUGCAAGCCCACGAACAUCACCAAUUCUUCGCACGGAUUGCACCAGCUGUCCUUGCUGUGGCGCUCGCUGGCGGUCCUUUUGCUGGCAAAAAUGCUCUUUUGAGUGCCAAUCGUGAUUUUUUUGUUGUAAUUGAGUGUCUGCAAAGAGCUAAUAUAUUCGAGUAGCAGCAGCCAUUAGGAGGCUGCCUUUGA